GCCACGGGCUCUCGUCUCGUCUCGCCUGCUGAGUCGCCCUCUCCCGAGUCUCCUCCCUCCCCUCUCCUCUCCUGUCCUGCUGCUCGCCAGCCGCAAAACCCUAGCCACCGGCCUUUCCAUCCGCCCCUUCCACAUGCACCGCGGCGGCGACCGCUCCGCCGACCCCUCCUCCGGCCCCGCGGGCGCCGCUCGCGGCAGCGGGGAAGGCCGAUUCGGCCGCGGCCCUUCUCGCUGGUCAUCUGGCGGCGGCGGCGGCGGCGGUAGCGGCAGCCCGCCCCACCGCUUCUCCCGCGGCGGGGGCGACGGCGGCGGUGGCGGAGGCGGAGGCGGGAGGUUCCACCCGUACCGUGGUUCUUCUGACCACUCCGGCGGUGGAGGCUAUAGAGGCGGCGACUACGGGGAGCCCGGUAGCGGGCCGAGACACCGGUACGGCAGUGGCCGCAGUGACCACUCAGAUCAUGAUAACAGAAGUAACUAUGUUAAACUUUUUAUUGGAUCAGUUCCAAGGACAGCGACUGAAGAUGAUGUACGUCCUUUAUUUGAGGAGCAUGGAGAUGUCGUUGAAGUUGCUUUGAUCAAGGAUAGAAAGACUGGUGAACAGCAAGGUUGUUGUUUUGUUAAAUAUGCUACUUCUGAAGAGGCUGAGCGAGCCAUCAGAGCUCUUCAUAAUCAGUACACUUUACCUGGGGCAAUGGGCCCUAUUCAAGUCAGAUAUGCUGAUGGUGAAAGGGAACGCCAUGGAGCUAUUGAGCACAAACUGUUUGUUGCAUCACUCAAUAAGCAAGCAACUGCAAAGGAGAUUGAAGAGAUUUUUGCUCCAUAUGGUCAUGUGGAAGAUGUCUACAUUAUGAAAGAUGGGAUGAGGCAGAGCCGAGGUUGUGGCUUUGUCAAAUUCUCUUCACGAGAACCGGCACUGGCAGCCAUGAAUGCUCUCAAUGGGAAUUAUGUAAUGAGGGGGUGCGAGCAGCCAUUAGUAAUUCGGUUUGCUGAUCCUAAGAGACCUAGACCUGGAGAAUCAAGGGGUGGUCCUGCAUUUGGAGGUCCUGGUUUCAGUCCACGAUCUGAUGCAGCACUUGUUAUCAGGCCAACAGCAAAUCUUGAUGAACCAAGGGGUCGGCAUAUGCCUCCUGACUCUUGGCAUCCAUCAAGCCCAAGAUCAGCACCUCAUCAGUUUAAUAACUUUGGAUCUGACAAUCCUAUGGCUCCAAAAGGAGGCGCUGUUACAUCAUCAGCAGAUACGGCCACUUUUCGACCUCAGAUGUUCCCAGGAAAUGGCUCCUUGUCCAGUCAAACAGCUCUGCCAACUUCGUCACAUAUGGGCAUGAACCCUCCCAUGGCACAAGGCCAUCAUCUGGGAGGUCAGCAGAUCCAGCCAUUGCAAAAGCUACCAGCGCUACCUCAGAAUUUCCCUAUUCAAAUGCAGAAUGCUCAGCAAGGACAGCCCUUGCAGGGUCAACAGAUUGGGCAGCUUCAAGUUCCACAAUCUAUGGGUCCUGGUUCUUUUGGCCAGAAUAUGCUACCUGGUCAGCUUCCUGUGUCACAGCCAUUGAUGCAACAAAAUACUUCUGUUGGCACUGUACAGGCGCCUUCAGCUGUGUCCAAUUCCAUGCAAGCUAUUCCUGGGCAACAGCAUCUUUCCUCGAAUGUUCCACCACAAAUGCUUCAGCAACCAGUGCAGCAGAUGCCAUCGCAAGCACCACAAUUGCUACUUCAACAGCAAGCUGCUUUGCAAUCCAGUUAUCAAUCUUCACAGCAGGCGAUUUAUCAACUUCAACAACAACUGCAACUAAUGCAGCAGCAACAGCAGCAGCAGCAGCAGCAAACAAAUCUAAACCAUCAACAACCGACACAGGGACAACCGGUGCAAUCUAGUACCCCUGGUGCUCCAACUACCAUUAUCCCAUCAAGCAUUAAUAUAAUUCCACAGCAGGCUACUUCACCUGCAGUUCCUUUAACCUGCAAUUGGACCGAACAUACAUCUCCCGAAGGUUUUAAAUAUUACUACAAUAGCAUAACUCGAGAGAGCAAGUGGGAUAAGCCUGAAGAGUAUGUGCUGUAUGAGCAACAGCAGCAACAACAGAAACUUCUUUUGCUUCAACAGCACCAACAAAAACUUGCCAUGCAGCAACUUCAGUCACCACCUCAGGCUCAGACACAUCCAGCAAUGCAACCUAUCCAACAAAUUCCUCAGGCACAACAAGGACAACAACAAUUGCAGUUGAAACAGCAGGAGUUGAAUUAUACUCAGCUACAGGCUCCUGGUGCUAUUGAUCCCAGUAGGUUACAACAGGGAAUUCAAUCUGCACAGGAACGUGCAUGGAAAAGUUGAGACUGAAGGUGAAUGGUAAAACUUGUAGCCGAUACUCGGAAAUGAGGUCCACUAAACCCUGUUGCCUCGGCGCCAUCAAAUACCAUGACGGUGGCUGCUUGCUUUAGUGCCUCUGAGUGGUGGCCAAGCGGCCAUUGCCGAUCGCUGUAACUCUGGAUAUAGCUUAGAUUGAUGACGACUAAGAAAUUGUAGCUCCAAUCCGUGUAAAAUGUUUGCAGUCUAGGCAUUUUGUACCACUGUAACAUUUCUGCUGAUAGGAUUAGUUCGCUUUUCUUGCACCACAACCGCAGAGGUUCAGGUUCGGAUCGAACCCUUGUUUAUCGUCGCCAUGAUUUUGGGCAUUUCAUCUCCAACAUUCUAACCAUCAUCCUUCUCUUUCU